GGCUGCGAUCUGCUGGGCUACGCUUGGCGAGAGCGGGUACGCUAGACUAGCUUAGGCGUUAGCGCGAGGCAUUGCGUCAAUCUCCAGGUGCGGCAACUCCGCUCCGCUGUCCACCACAGUAGUUUGCUCCAACCCCCAGCUGAAACAACUCCAUUCUACCAUUACACGUUGAAGAGCCAGGGAUACCGGCACCAUGGCCGAGGGACAGAAAGAGCAGAACCCUCUCUUGGCGGCCUUACCCCCAGCGACCGACUACUUGACCUAUCUCACCAUCGUCGAAUACAACCUUACCGAAGAGAAUCUGCCAGUGCUCCACCAGGUAUUGCUGACUACCGACCUCACCGUCAAUAUCGGGUGGGACUUGGUUCAUCUGCUGCUUCCGCUUCUUCCAGCCUCGGAAGAAUGCCUCCAGGACAUUGCUGCGAAGGGCAACCCGAGGGAGGUGAUAUUGAAGGUCACGGAGGCUCUACGGCUGCUGGAAUUUGAAGAGCCACAUGAAGAUUCUGACGAAGAGGCGGCACCGCUCGAAGAAGGAUCGUCCAGUAAAGUGCCGGCCGUGGAGGUUGGGGAAUCGAGUACUUCUCCGGCUCUGCCACCUACCGUACUCCCACCCUUGCCAGUACUCAAGUUCGAGAUUCUGGUUGACCUAUUGAUGGCGCUACAUCGACGCGUCAAGACCAAGUAUCCGAGCCGCUUCCUGUCAACCAGCCUCCAGGCCGUGCUAGUCGCGUACAACAGAGCAAGGACCCAUCGGGAUGAGCUCACACUGUCCGCCGUCAAACUCGUCAAGACUCUGUCUGGGACUAAGAGGCCCCAUCUUCCGCCACGAGCCAGCAGCGCGAAUCUGCUGCGAGCUGCUACUGGCUUUUCUGAACCGGAUCCAGAAGCGCAGAGUGAGCCGCCGUCAGCUCAUGAGCAGACACUGGUCAACCGGCUUCUCCAAUCAUUUCUAACCCAUGUUGUCGAAGACUAUGUCCUGACCUUGAACUCUGAGGAAGAUGUUCCUGGCCUUGCAUGGUCCAGCAGGCUGAUGGAGAAGUACGAGCCUGAGCGAAUAGUACCCGGAAAACGCCAAUAUGCGGACCGCUUCGCAGAAGACGAAGAUAUGAAGUCAAGAUCGGCGAUAGUCGGCCAGAUCGUCGCCUUGGCCCAGGACCUCGGCAUGAAAACCGAAGAGCUUGUUCAGGCGAUCAUGGACCCUGAGAUAGAGAAGCAAGGCAUACCAGGAGCCGAGGAUGAGCCGCCUAAUUCCGCUGAAGAUAUCCCAUUAUCCAAGACUGGCUCACUGUUUCUCUUUGCCGCCCGGAGCGUAAAGCAGGAGCUCUACUCCAAUGUGAGCGUUGACGACACUCCAUCCAUAUGCAUCUUCCCAGAUCACGCAACGAUACUCGCCAACUUUGUGGGCGUAAUGGGCCAACAGACCGUAGGUCUUGAGCCUGAAGCCCUUCUCGACACCGUGCUUGCUCUUGGCUUAAUUGCUCUCGAGAAGAACGCAGUAGGAGAACCGAAGGAUGACGAGGAUUUCGCAAGAUAUCUACAGACGACAUCCCUAGUAUCCGCCAAUACGCCGUCUCCAAGCCUGCGCUACCAUGCGCACUAUCUCACCUCAACGAUCCUACGCUCCCACCCUUCAGACUUGGUCCGACUAACCUUCAUCCGCGACACGCUAGAACACUGUCCCUACGAGAACCUCAAAGCGAGCGCUGUGACCUGGCUCAAGGGCGAAACACUGGAAGCGAACCCCAAUAUACCACACUCGGCAAAUCCAGCAACUGACGACUCCAACCCGCCAAACAUCUUCGCUACCCCCGUUGCCCUCUCAACAGUAGCUCCCUUCUUGUUUCCCGACCUCACCCACACGUACCACUCCGCCGUGGAAAUCUCAGAGCCAUUCAUGCAAUUCCGGCAGGAACUGGGGUUCUACCUUGCGGCGUUAAACUUCUAUUUUCUCCUCCUUACUGCACGUCCACUGCACGAUGUUCUGGAUAUUAAAGGCUUGCAUGAAGGGAGCAAUAUGGAGGAGCACUAUCUUACGCCGUUGAAAGAAGCGGCGAGCAAUUUUAAGACGAGUCUAGAGGAGGGAGGGGAACUGAGGAUUGCCGAGGCAGACGGCAUUGGGCAGGCGAAGAUGGAUAUCGCGCUGCUGGAGGAGGCGAUCGGGAUGGUGGAACGUGCGCUGAGCAAGCUCAAGGGCGAAUAACAGGCGCUUAGGUGUGGGCUCGCUAGCUGUCCAUUGGCGGUUUCUUUUCGUCCGAUAGAUUGAUGCGUAAUGCGCGGGGCAUGAGUGCAUGAUAUACGACUUAGGAGAAUCUCGGUCCAGAAACAUUAGCAUCUUCUCGAUAACGAAUCUCUGUC